CUCAUGAGCAGCUCAUGAGAAGCACAUAAAAAUCUGGUAAGAAUCGUAUGCAAAUUAGUUAGCAUUUAAUUUUGCUCAUGUGCAGAUUGUUAGUCUCUGUUAGGGAGGAAAAUACUAACCAAAAUGCACAUAUGCAAAAUUUUGCUCACCUGAAUGCUCAUGAGCAAAAGUCGAUUCAAAUUGCUCACAUAAGCAACUGGCUAUGAAGAUACAUCGAUGUUGGAUUAAUUUUUCUAAGUUCAACUUUCUCACGUGAGCAAGAGGUUAGGAAAUUGGACUUAAUCAAAAAAUGAGAGUGGUAAAAAUUCACCUUUAUAUCGUAUAAUUUACAUAUCAGGAUUUUAUCCAGGUACGUUAUUCUGGUUUGUGGAAUGCUAAUUUAUACUAAGUUAGAAUAAUCUAAGCUGUAUACCAAAGUAGGUCUUCAUGGGGCUUUACGGCUCUAUGCAUCGUAAAUAGAGAUCGGGUUCAAUGCGUCGGGUGUGGGAUUCACACAAUAUAUGCUGAGCACGAAAGUUGAUUGACAGGCGCCAUGAUGUUAUACCGGUAAACAACAUUUUGAACAUGAAUCGAGAACAGGAGUUGAAUCAGUUGAUGCAGAUAUUCUGAGGAGAAUCUUCCAGUCAUUGAAAUAUAUUUCAUGAUAGUCGUGCAGAUUCAGAAGUUGUGAUGGUGUGUUGAUAGGCUGUCUUCAACUUGCCAUAUCUGAGAGUUCCAACAUGCAGGCCUGGAUUAUUGUGUAUAAAUCACUAAUGAAGUUACUUAGUGUUAUUUAGUUUUUUUUAAAAAAGAAUGACAUUUCAAUUUAUACACACUUGCCAAGUGAAUCUGAUGAGACUGCUACAUGUAUUUGGAAGAAUCAAUAAAAGAAAGUGUCAAUCUUGACCAGUUUUUCCAGCCUGGAGAUGGGAAGAUAAAACUUGUGGAGGGACAGUCGCUAUACAUUGAUUCAGUGAAGCUGGCAAUCCUGAAGAGGAAAUGCAAGAAAAAUGAAAGUAAAACUUUAAAAGCUUUGUUGGACUUUUACUUUACACCAAAGUACCUCGCAAUGCACUCUGCAACAGGAGAGAAAUCAGCAAAACCAGGCUUACCAGUGAAAGUUGUAAAUCCAAUUAGAGAUUACAUGCAACAAAGUUUCAAAGUGGAUGCCUCUACCUUAAAUGCAAUUAUCAACCGGAAGUGCUUGGAUGCAAAGAGAUCCAAAAAAUGUUGACGAUCAAUGUCUAUAUUGACUGUAAAAUCUCUUCAUAAAUACAGUAAAAAAUGUAGAGCUAAUGAAUAUGCUGUGUGUACAAAGAUAAGUAGGGAGUUAUUUUGUUGCACAUAAUAUAAUAUACUAGGUGUUAAAUGAUUGAUUUUAAGUAAAAAAAGUGAAUAUCACUGUACAUUUAUGCAAGUAUUUACAUGCUGCUUAAGAUUAAUGGCAUUUAUUGUUUUAAAUUUAUAUUAUGCAACUACUUCUUUAUAUAGUGAUUCAUGUCAGUUUAUCAAUACUACGAGUAAAAUUUUGUGUAACUUUUCAUUUGAAUUAAUUGUGGUGUUUUCUUAACUUUAAACAAUAUGUACAGGAUAAUUAUGAAAGUUUGCAAUAAUGUCUAUAGUUUUUCCAUAUGCCAGUAAAUUUCAGUUUUGUGUUGUUUGGAAAUUUUAUUAUCUCAGAACUUUCCACAUGUUCCUAUUAAUAUAAUGUUCAAGAAUGUAUAGAAUUAUAUUUUUAUAAUGACAGAUGUAAUUAUGUAUAAAUGUAUAGAAUUAUAUUUUUAAAAUGACAGAUGUAAAUAUAUACUGGUGUUGUAAUUUCAAUUUUUCUCCGUUGUCCUUGAAGUGAGAAACUGUGGCACAUGAGGCUCAUGAGCCUCAUGUGAGCAAAACUUUUGGUGAGCGAAAAUAUUCCUCACGUGAGCAAAAAAUCCUCAUGUGCAGAAUUUUGCUCACGUGAGCAUUUCACCUAAUUUGCAUGUUAAAUUGCACAUAAGACUCACGUGAGCAACUCACGUGAGGAAAUCUUGUUAGUCCUCACGUGAGCUUCUCAUGAGCAAAUUGUGAGAAUG